GUGCCAGAGGGGCGGCUCUACCCCAGCUCACACGCAGCGGACGGCACCAUGUGCGACCGCGCUUCUCAAGAGGACAGAGAGCUUCUUGCCGCCGCCAUAGCCAUAGCCAUAGCGGCCAACCAGCUGACCGACAUGGACUCACCCGACAUGCUGCGCAUCCCUAAGAAUGAGGCCCAGGAAGGGAAGAACUACCUGGACAACAGCGGGCGCAUCACCAACUCCGAGAACUUCAAAACGUGGGCCAAGAACGUCAAGGAAAGACAGGAUCUGGUGAGGACAGAGGGAGUGGGUGACAUGGGUGGGACAGGGCGACGCUCACCGUUGUGUUGUUGCUUGUAUGCAGACAAAGGAGAUUGGAUCCCGCAUCAUCUGCGCCAUCUUCGGCGCGGCGUUGGUGGGUGGCGCAAUGGGGUUUCUCUUUUCGAGAGUCCCCUCCCCCGUUCGGGAGGGGUGGGCGGCGUUCUUCGCCGCGCUGGGCGCCGGCGCAUUGGUGGAGGCACGGCUGUGGAAGGGCGUGUCGACCGUCGUCUUUGUCCUCCUCGCAGCCAUCUUCCGCAGCAUUGCGGAAGGCAUAUCGCAAUGCGAUGUCGGGGGGUGGUGGGAGUGGUUGAAGAAAGGUGUGGGGCCGUUUGUGGUGUGCUGCAAGCGUGUGGGGUCGUGUGUGGUGUGGUGUGUGGGGUGCUGCAAGCAGGCCUGCAACCGCCGAGCCGCCAGCGAGCCGGGCGAGGCGGAGCUGCCCACGACCAGGUAUGGUCGUCCCCAGCCGACGGCCGAGCAGGGUGACACGGACACGGGGUGAGGAGGUGCGUGGGGGCGGUGGGCGUCACUUGGGCGUCACGGUCAAGUGCUCUGCCUGCUUGUUCUCUGCCUUCCCCUUGCCCUCUCAUUCCGGGUUUUUAAUGUGUGUCUGCAUGCCAUCGAUGGACAGCUGGUCUGUCGAUUGAGUAGAAUAGCUGUGUCUUUCGAGUGCGUCCACUCAUCGAUCGGGAGAAGUGAGCAGCCUUUUCGUGUUCAUGGCCGAGUGUUGCUGGUAAUGUGAUGUGCGACGUGUGUGUGACACACACACAGCAGCAAUUCACCAGCAGCUUUCUGGUCCGUCUGGUGUCCUAUGUGUGUCGCUUUUUACCGGUGGGAUGUCGCUUUAUACUGGUAUGUACAAGCGCAUUCUUCUUUUCGUAUUGGCUGCCUGCCUGUCUUGAUGCCUCCCUCCCUCCCUGCUGUUUGUCACCGAGGUUUCGAAGAGAGGUGUACACUCCCCUGACUGCAUUGGUGUGGUGUGUGCAGAGGAUGUCGGACUGGCUGGUGCGUGCGUCUUCGAGUUAAUCGCAU